ACGACCGUGUGCUGUCCUGCCAUUCGAAAACAUUGCAACCGUGGACCUAUAGCGCGAACUACUGACGGGGUGAGCGAAAAUUUGGCUCCAUUGUGGCCGUCGAACACACGCACUAGGCUCAACCAACUAAUAAGCCACUUAGUGAAGCGAACGCAGAUCGCCAUCUGGUCUGGGCCACUGUUCCAGCAAUACGACUUUAAGACACGGUGUUAUACAUCGUAGCGCAGCAAGUAGUACGAUCUGGAUCACCGUCUCAACGUGCCCUAUACGCUAGAGAUACGUUUUGGAUGCGCUGUUUUUCUACUGCGAACAGUGUAGAAGUGGUCGCUGAAGAAGACGCUUUGCCGUUAGUGUACGUAUUGGAUUAGUUGGAGCUUAGAAUGCUAAGAAAUUGCAUGCGAGAGGAAUCAGUGAACCAGUGAGUGAUCAGGGGGUGAAAACUUAUCGUGCCAUUUCUUAUUACCGCAAGACGAACCCAUCGAAGGAGAACUAUCGGAGUUCUGUGUCUGUGUCCGGUGGCCAGUGCUUGUUGGCGUCGAGUCUGAAUUGUUCGUUACGACGACCGACUAUAGCGUAAGCAAAACGAUGAACUCAUUGUUUAAUGCGGCUCUUAAAAAUCUCGGUGUGAGCGAUAUAGUCGCGAUAUCCGGCUCAACAACGUCUCGAGGAGUCGAUACGAAGAUGAGAUUCAGUCUCGAACCAUUUCCCGGUGACAAUGGAUUUACGCAAUGGAGGGACGCGAUGAAAAUGGUCGCCAGAUUACCUGGUGGCAUACCAACAGAGUUUCGGAGACAGCUUUGGUUGACGUUAGCGGACCGGUAUAUCGUCUAUCGACAAUUAGACUGGCCAGCCACUUGCCGAAGUUGCCUAAACGAGCGCACUAAUCCUGAUGAUGACGCCCUCGGAGUUCAGAUUGUUAAAGACCUUCACCGAACGGGCUGUUCUCACCUCACAGGUGACAAUGAAGCGGCAGAGCAGAACCAAGCCCUCCUGAAACGCGUGCUAUUGGCAUACGCACGAUUUAAUAAGCACGUCGGCUACUGCCAGGGGUUCAAUUUGCUUGCAGCUCUUGUAUUACAAGUCGUUGAGUGGAAUGAGGAGGACGCCCUUAAGAUGAUGCUCUAUCUAAUCGAGGGUGUGCUGCCCGAUGGCUACUUUGCUAACGAUCUUCGCGGACUUUCCGUGGACAUGGCCGUGUUCCGAGAUUUACUUCGACUUCGAUUGGCUGCCCUUGCCAAACACUUAGACAAGCUACAGCUGGAAGCUAAUGAUGGAACCGCAGGAAACAAUACUAGCAGUUAUGAGCCACCGCUAACUAACGUCUUUACGAUGCAAUGGUUCUUGACGCUUUUUUCAACCUGUCUUCCGCCAACGAGUGUUUUGCGGGUCUGGGACCUGACUCUGCUCGAGGGUAACGAAGUUCUUUUACGAACCGCAUUGGCCAUCUGGGAUGGCUUAGCUGACCGUAUAAUGGCAGUUGACUCCGCGGACGAGUUCUAUUCAAUAAUGGGCGUGCUCACCCGUGAGAUGCUUGAGUUUGGCCUAAUGGACUGUAAUGAAUUGGUACAAACUAUAGUGUCUAUGGCUUCUUUCCCGUUUCCACAGUUGCAAGAGCUGCGCGAAAAAUAUACAUUUGACAUUCGGCCAUUUGCGCAUAAUACAACUAGCGCCCAUAGAAAGUCCUCGAUUCGAAACUUGGUAGGACUCCGUCUGUUUGACACUGAAGAAGACGACGAUGGUGAAUUAGACGAAGACCAGCUCGCUUUGGCCUCAGCUGCGUGGUAUCUUAAUCAACGACACGGGAAGGCGAACGUCACGUUGGACAUUAAUACGUUGAAAAGGCAGUACGCUAAACUGAGGGAUAGACAAAGACAGGCCCAUGUCAUACUCACUUCGACACUCAAAACUGCAAUCGAGCAACAAGCUCACCCUGACAACGCACGGUCACAGCAGCGACCAUUAGGUCGUACGCGUUUACCAGUGAACAGUCUUUUGGCAGGACACAAGCCGAUCGUUCGCAAGAUACGACCUACCUCCAAAGUUCAAUUUACGAUGCCUCCAGAUGAAGUCACCAGGGAGACCAACAGGCCACGGGGUCCUCGAGCUAUGCGCACGAAAAUAAUGAUUGAUGAACGCACUGAUAUUGCCAAGCAACACCAGCAACCACAAACUCAGCAUCAACAACAGAAGUUUUCAGCCCAAGGAACAAGUCCACAACGGGGCGAGACUCUCACUUGGGAACAGAUUGAGCGCGAACAACGUGAGAAAUUUGGGUCGGACCGUGUACGAACGCGUAGUUGGAGCAGUAGCACCGACGACAGCUCAACGACGUCCCUUUGUGACCAGAGUCUUCAUGACCUGGAAGGAGAUUCAUCAUCGUUGUGUGUAUCGCCUAUACUUCCAGCCUCACCACGAUCUCCACGGCUUGUGCAAUCGACGGAGAUCGGUAGCUCGGUUUAUCAAACGCCAGCAACUGGUGGUUGCUCCACAUCGCCAACGGUAGCCACGCCACAUAGUACGGAUAAGAAGGCCAGCAGCAGCAGCACAGGUGACAGUCCCUUAACGGAGACGAAGGAUAGUGCUAUGCAUGCACAAGACCCGAAACAGGAACAGCCUGAAAAGAUCGAGAGACAGAAUCGAUUCGUAGAUCAGCCAAAGAAAGCUCUACCACCUGACAGAAAACCUGCGCGACAAGCAGGAGUUAACGCUGUCGAAAUCGGGCUUCAUAGCUACAGUACACUCCCAAGUAUUCAGUAUGCAAGUAAAGACACCGAUGAUAGAAAACUAAGCUGUCGUUCGAAAAUGCCGCCUGAGACGGAAAUUUCAGCUAAAGACGAAGUUGUAGUUGCUGUUGCGAUGGCCACUCAAUGCCGGCCACAUGUGGUAAAGCUUCCACUUGACAGCCUUAGCAAACAAGAAACCAUCAUAGGGAAAAGCACUCCUUUAGAGGUUUCCCUGAGCUCGAAUACAGAACCGAUUGCAGAUGUUGGGUUAGAGGAGACAGUCAAUAGGGGUUCGUCUCCAAAUAAAGUGCUGCCCAGUAGUGGUAACAACGGGGGCAGUAGCAACAAGACGCCGGCAUCGGAUUCGCUUCGUAAGCUGAUUAUUGCUGAUGCUCCGCAAAGUUGGGUGACCCUGAGUGAAAAAGAGGACUCACCGUCAGCCAUAGUAGCCGGUCCGGGAAUGUGGCAUCAAAUCCCUGAGGGAUCGUUUGUUGGAGACGGCGAAACCGAUUCGGUACAGGUUAUUCACAGUCAAAAUGCAAGCAGUGCCUUGGGAGUACACAUCAAGGAAGAGCCAGGCACGCCACCCUCACUCGACGAACUCCUCAAACGAUACACAAAAGUUACCCACCUCGUUGAGGACGCCUCUGCAAGACUCGUCGCAUCAACUUCCAUCGACUCAGGAGAUUCACGCACCCCUCCAUCUCGAGCCGAAUCGCCACCAGUUGUAUCGUUCAGUUCGUUCCCCACUCAACGAACUUCGGCGUUGGACAACCAAGUUGCACACAGGCUCGAAUGGUACUCUGAUCAUUAAGUGAUUUAACACUGAACUAUAACACAUUGUAAAUGUAUGGACUAAAGGCAAGAAAAGUGAAUCUUUACGCCGCGCCGAGAUGCGACUGCUUGAACGCUGGAACUGAAGCCACUCUAAGGUGCCAACAAAUCUGACGUUAACAAAAUUUGAUAUUUUAUUUUUUUGUCAACUACUCAAUAAAGGGUUUAAGAAUAUUUACGAAAUAAUCGCCUUUAAUAGCGAUUAAAAGAAUUUCGUCAACGACUUAAAACUUGUAACUAAAUCGUUCUCACAUUACCAAUAAAAAACAAAAAUAAAAUAAUAUACAGUAUAAACUAAAUUUAAAAAUAUUGGUACUAUGUGCAUCUCUGCAAGUUUUUGGAUCGUCUCUAAUUAAUAGGGUAGUCAAAAAUUUAGUCAUACCCAUGGUCGCGUUUACGAAAACACACGAAAUAAUGAAAAGAGGCGUAUGUUUUCAAAUAAUCGCUGUCGAUUCCCUUGCAUUCAACAUCGAUCAAUAAUGAUGUAGUCAUAUUCUAUUGGCAAAUGUCUUUCAUCAUAACCUGUUAAAGUCAAGGAAAAACUAUCGAAUUUAGAUGGUGAAACAUUUAGAAGGUUUGCAUUUACGUUUCGAAUAAUUCUAAUUAAACAACGGCCUCAUUUUGUUACCUGUUAUAAUUGCCUUUGUUAUUUUCAUCAUAUAAUAUAAACGCAUGAACAGUGAACUGCGUGAAAAAAGAUUUCGUUCAAAAAAAUACCCAAAGUUCAUGUUCAGUUCAAACUCGGAUUGCUUACGGGUAACUGACUAGCUUAAAUAAUCACAGUUAUGCAAGCGAACAACUUACGCAGUAACAAACAAGCCAAUUAACCGGUAAUCAAUGGGGAAGUUAUUAGGAUAGCGCUUAUUAGGGCCGAAUAAAAUGUUUGACGUUUUGUAGCUCA